AUCCCCGCGAUCAGUUGCCUCCAUCGGCCCAACAAACAAUAUAAAAAGAGACAGCCGAGAUGGAUGACUUUCUGUUGGACCUGGUGGAGGUUCUCAAGGACAACGAGCAGGACCUUGAGCGAAUGUUCCUCGGACUCAACAAUCUGCAACAAAAGAAAGGAAAUGGAACCACCUUGUUUGGCGCUGAAGUGAUUCAGUUCUUUUCUUCCCCGGUUGCGGACGGUCCGGAGGAACUUCAUCGUAAAACUCGCCAGGUGGAUGGAAAGCUUCUGGUGCGUAGAUUCCUAUCCAUAACCAACGACAUUCUUCAUGGGCAAGCGGAUGAAUGUCUUUUGGGAUUGGUCGAGGCCACACAAAGGAUAUUGGAGUCGGAGGAGCCACAAAAGAGAAGGUCCGCCUGCUACCUGAUGUGCACUUUGAAGCUAUUGAGCAAAACUGAGGAAGUGCUUGGUGAAUCCCUAAUGAAAGCCCUAGAAUGCGAUGCUGAGCAGUUUUCCGCCUUCACGAAAAUCAUCGAAGGCCUGGAGAACCAGCAGAGCGACCAGGUUGUGGACACUCUGAGCUCCCAGCUACCCCGGUUGGGGCUACUCCCGCACAAACGAGGGAGGAUGUUUAUUUCGAGACCAGCAAAUCCAUUGAGAUGGAUGCGCUUCUUGUGCCUUAGACUUCUGCAGGAGCAGAGAGUCCCGGUCUUGCGUGAGGCCCUCCGCUUCAUUCUGACCCACAUACCCUUUCACCAACUGUGUAGUCUUAAUCUGCUGCAGGAGCUCCUGACUGCCACCAAUAUAAGCCAGCUGUACGACUACGAUGACCCUAGCUGCCUAACAGAUGAGCCUCUUGCAGUGUUUCGCACAACCGCUUCUGAUCGCCUUGCAGAGGCUAUAGCUCAAAAUUCCUGGAACAGCGUCCCUUUUCUGCAUUGGAGGCCAUGGUGCCUAAACACUGGGUCAAAGGAGUCUCUCUUAAAGUGCUGCUCUAUACUUAGUGCCAUCGAAAACGAAUAUCUGCGAGCUAUAGGCAGGAAUUCAGUGUUAUAUUCGAUCCCAGAACUAACCUUGUCGGAAUAUUUUUUUUAAAGAAGCUAAGCAAAGUCCCUAAACGCAAACACGGUUGGUGGCGACUUUACAUAUACCCGGAUCGGGAAGAUAAUUUCGACAAUGAAGUCGUGGAGUUCUAUCGCACUGUUUAUAAUGUGGACAUUCCAUUACUUCUCGGCGGUUCCAGUAUCGACGAAAUUCAACUUGAAUUAAUUAACAAACUGGAGUGCCAGACCAACGAUGAGAGAUCAUUCUUGAAAGCGCGAUGUGUGGAUCUCUACGUCAGGUACGCCGUAAAGACCUGGGAACAGUUAGAGGACCUAAACUUAAAUCCCAUAGAACUAUUGAACCAGGGAACCCGUGACACUUUUUGUGCACUGUUAAGAUUAUUGGGAUUUCAUAAGAAAAAAAUUGAAGAUGCGAUGGUUCUGCCAGCUCUCUGCGACCGUUUGCAGGAUCGCUGUUUUGAAUUAGAUGCUAUCCUAAACUACGCUAAAAAGAAUCUGACGGUGGAGGAGUGUGAAAACAUCAUAACGCAUUUUGUGAACAAGAAGUUUUACAACAUGAACGUAGUUCCAAGAGUGUCAAAAUCGUUUUACCUGAAAAUGAUUCUGGAGGGCGAACCCACAACAGGAUAUGAACGCAUUGAGGCCGCUUAUUUAUUAAAAGUACACGGAGUACCAAGUUCUAGUGCAAGGGCUCGGCGUUACAUGGUUGAGGAGGGCACCUUUACAAAUCGAAAUUAUUUUAGUGAUGAUUGGGAAGUGCUUGGUGACCUGCUGAGCAUCAACGAGGAGCUGUCGUCGAAACGUUACACUAAAAACUCCAAAGUGCACAGAAAAAAAAUGCGUGUUGCCUACGCUCUGAUUGCAUGGAAAUCACAAUCCUCGUAUGGGAGAUGGUCAGAUACGUUGUGGAAGGCUUUGUUUUGCCCAAACGAUCUACUAGGAAUAACCAUCAUGUACGAGGUCUUGGUGGCACUACUCUUGCCAAGCAUAGAUGUGCUACUGGGCAAGCUGAAGAUGUUGGCCACUCUGAAGGAAACACAGCAGGAAUCCCUUCUGUCCGUAACCCACAUUUACGUAUUGCAACAUUGGGACAAUCCUAAAGUGGAAGCAAAGUUGGAGUACACUUUGACUUUACUCCAUUCGUUCACAAAUAACGCCAGUCGGCAAACACGUCUUCUCGGGCAAUUAAUAGUACACAGAUUGGCAACCAAGUGGAAGGAAACGAGUACUCGCCUUACUAAAGCAGAUGAAAUAAGAAACACCAUAGAAGCUGAUUUGGCAGAGAAACUUGAAGAGCUUCAGAGCGAGCCUCGCCUAUUGCUCCCACAAAUUGCUAUGUGCAGGCAAGCAGAAACUUCCGAAAAACUGCUUUGGAUCACAAAUGCUCCACUUGAUGAAUGUAUCACGCCAUUCACAUUUCUAAACAACGUUCGUGAUUCAUUUGGAGCAGGACAAAUAAUAUCUAGCGCAGAGAUAUAAGCUAAACAAACAUACUGGAACUAACCAUUUGUUUAUUUACAACUCUAAAUGAAUUAUUUGGCAUACGCAAUUAAAGUAAGAUAUGUUGUAAUCAAAUGGGAUUAUCAGGAAAUAAACAAUUAUCCAAGUUAUUCAA